AUGCCCAAAACACAGGUGCAGAACUGCUCCCCCACGGGGGACCACCGGCCCCCAGACCCCUCACCGGCUGUGCUGCCAGCCCCUGCCCACCUCGCUUGUCGUACAUUCAGCGACGACGAAGGUGGCUGCGGCCCUAAAAACACCCUCGCCAUCUCGGAGGGUCUGGAGGCGACGGGGAAGCCUGGCGGGCAAACACUCCCCGACACUCCGCAGCACCCCGCCGGGCCGCCGGCGGCGGGAGGGGAAGGAGAAGGGGGACGGGGAAGGAGGCGCCUGACCCUCCUCUCCCGCUGCCGGCGCGGCUGUCUGCUGCCCCUCGGUGGCCGCCUGGGGGUGAAGCAGAAGAGAGCCAGGGGGACCCCACUGCCCCGGACCCCAGAGUUCAGCCUCCCCGAGACCUGUCCCAAAAACCUGCCGUCCCGAGCCGGAGGAUGCUCUGGCUUCCCAGAAGCGACCUGUCUGCAAAACGCUGCCCUCGGGGACCUUCUCCACCCCUUCCCCAUCCCCGUGUCCCAAGACUGGCUCUUCCUCACAUCAGGGCCACGGUCACCAGAUGUCUCUCCGGCUUCCUCCAGCUCUGGGACACUCAUCCAGUACACCCCCGACUCUGCCACUAGCCCCACCGCAGACUGCCCAUCUCCUCAUCCCUCUUUCCAGAAGGUCAAGGAGGAAGGUGAGGGUGUGGUGAAGAAGGCCAAGAGCCGCACAGCCUUCUCCCAGGAGCAGCUGCAAAUCCUGCACCAGCGGUUUCAGAGCCAGAAGUACCUCAGCCCCCAGCAGAUCCGGGAGCUGGCUGCUGCCCUGGGGCUCACCUACAAGCAGGUGAAAACAUGGUUUCAGAAUCAACGGAUGAAAUUUAAGCGUUGCCAGAAGGAGAGCCAGUGGGUAGAAAAAGGAGUGUAUCUACCACAGAAUGGGUUUCAUCAGGCUGCGUACCUGGAUAUAACCCCCACAUUUCACCAGGGCUUCCCUGUCUGUGCCAGCAGAAACCUUCACACUGUGACCAACGUGCACCAGGCUUACAGCAGUGGCCAGACUUACGGGAACGGGCAGAACCUGUACUCGUUCAUGGCUGUGGAGGAUGAGGGGCUCUUUGGAAAAGGUGGAACAAGCUGCAAUACCCAGCAAGCCAUGGGUUUAUUAAGCCAGCAGAUGAACUUCUAUCAUGGCUACCCUUCUGAUACGGAUUAUGUCAACCUGGAGUCAGAAGACACCUAUGACCUCCAGAGCACCUCUGACAGUGUCGCACCAUUCUCGAGCUCUCCUGUACGGCAUCAGUACCAGGCCUCUUGGCAUCCCCUGGGCACCCAGAGUGCUUAUGAGUCUUAG